AUGUAUAAGGCUUGUCCUGAAGUGCAGACCUUCAGAACCGUUGUCCCUCCGCCACGUCGUGCAUUCGCCAACACGCCGCAGCAACAGCAGCAACAGCAGCAACAGCAGCAACAGCACCUCAUCAGUCCUCAUCAUCCAGCAGUGGCCCCGGUGGCGCAGAAGCUCGCCGCCCUCACACGCACCCGGCUCGCAGCCAUCUCCAGGACCCUGAUCUCCGGAGACUGGUCGGCGUUUGGGGCAGCAAACCACCACCACCUAAACAAUCACUUCCUUAAAUUACAUCAACAUCAGCAGCCGCCGCAGCACCAUCACCCAACCGCCCAACCACUCAAACACCCAACAGACCCAAACACCACCACCAUCGCCGCCGCCGUCAUCACUGCAGCUGCCACCACCGCCACCGCCACCGCAGCUAUCCGCGACAGCAACAGCGACAGCGCCUUCACAGAUGUUGCUCUGAGAUUUCCGGCUGCAGUUGCGGUGGUUUCAACUCCGUCAGCGGCAGCAGCGGCAGCGGCAGCAGCAGUAACAGUAUUGCGUAAGUGUAAGAGGCAGCGGCGACAGGAGGCGGUCCUUACGGCAGUUCAGGUGUCCUCGGAGGAAGGGAACCUCCUUAUGGCAGAGAAGGCGGAGCACCCUGCAUUGGUGGUAGAGAGCAUGUCGGCUGUACGGCAUUUGAAUCUGUAUGACAAUAGCCAUGUCGGGGCUAUUGAGGAUGAGCAUCGACAGCAGCCGCCGCCGCCGCAGCAGCAGCAAGGGCGGGUUGAUGAAGGCCCCGAACAAGGACCAAAAGAUGAGCUGAGUGACGCGGUGGCGGCGACGACGGUGGCGGCGCGGCGGGCCGCUGCUGCCGCCUCCGGGGCGAUGGUAAGCGCCCUGUCUGCAGCAACGGCGGCGGCGGGGCAGCAGCAGCAGCAGCAGCAGCAGUGUGAUCAGGCUGCGGCGCCGCCGCCGCCGCUGGCAGCGCAUCCGGCAGCAGCAUGGCGGCCGCGGCGAGAGCAGCACAAGGCGAAGGUGGAGGCCGUGAAGAGCACCGGUGGAAAUUGGUGCUCCGCCAGGGUCGGGGGUUGGCGGGGCGGCGAUUAUCCGAGCAGACCCCCCAGGGACCCCCAGGUGCCCCCCCGCCCCACCCACUUCCUGGCGCUACGUCUGUCCCACGUGUCGACAGUUACCGAGGCCAUUGAGCGAGCUCCCACGAAGGCGCACAUCACAUUAAUGGUCAUGGCGCUAGACAAGGGACGGAUACCAAACCUUGCCGUACAAGCAAUGUCCGCGGCGGCGGCGACGACGGCGACGGAGGCGGUACAGCCGGACCCAGAGGCCCUGGUUCCGGAGCCAGAAGAGAUGCCGCCGAAGCGGUUCCGUACAUCGGACUCAGGCGCGGAAAAGCAGGGUCAUGAGCGAGAAGGCGUCUCGGCGAUUGCUGUCCCAGCGCCGUCAGCCGCCGCCGAUGCCUGGUCGACACCGCAGGAGCCGCAGUCGCAGGUGUCACCAAUGCCGCCCCCAGUCGAUUUACCUUGGCGGCUGGUUCGUUGCUUGCAGCUGCUGGUGGAUCUCCCGGGGGCGCUCCGAGCCGCCUCCCUGGACGGCGCCCUGCACCUGAACCUCCGGGGCCUGAGGUCCUUCGGCAACAGGGUGCUGUUUUUGGAAGUGGCCGCGGAGCGGGUGGGGGAGGGAGAGCGAGAUGAGGGGGGCUGUGUGGUGGUGGACCGAGUGCAGCUAUGCACCAUGAGCGACAGGGAGCCGGGACAGUACUACAGGGUGCUGGCGGAGGUGAAGCUCGACGGCGGCCGUGGCGGAUUGUACGACAGUGCUGCACCCGGCAAUAGCCAUGACGGAGGCGGCGGCGGCCUUGCUGGCAGCCGCUGCGGCAGCGGAGGCGAGGUGUACGGCAGCGGCAGCGGAGGCGAGGUGUACGGCAGCGGCAGCGGAGGCGGUGACGGAGCUGGAGGAAGGGAGCUGAAGAUUGCAGGCGGCGCCAUCCGCGACGAGGACGACGGCACGGAAAUGGCGGGCCAGCGACGACCGCGUGCUUCCUAG